CUAUCAUGCUCAUGUUAGGUGGUUAGGAAAUAACAGGUGUCUGCUUGUCAGUGUGAUAUAGAGUCACAUAUACUUAAGGUGAGAGGUUCAUUUUUUUACUAGUAUUUGGGCAUUCUGUCCAGCUGUGCUGACUGGAAAACCUUCAGACUCAACAGACAAACUGCAGAGUUUUGAUCUCAAGUCAUACAGGAUUGGCAAUCAGCAGCUGGGUGAACAUGAUGAAGCAAUCAGCUGUCAUCCUAAAGAUGGCCUUGAUGCUGCUGCUGCUGCUGCACGGCACGGAUGCAAAGAUGGAAAUCAUUACCACUAAGCUAGACAUUGAGGUGGGAGAAGAGAUCUUCAUGUUGUGUAAAGCUGGGGGAGAGGGAGAUAUAACGUGGAAGAAGGACGGGAGUGACAUUGACGUGGAAGACGGGGUGUCAAAGAUGGAUGAGUCUUCUUCUAAAUUGGUCAUUAAGAAGGCUUCGAUGCAGGAUGCGGGCAAAUAUACCUGUCUGUGUGAUUUCGACAACGGAGACAAAGAUAACGUUUUAAUACAGCUGUAUGUUUAUGAGGGUCCAUCAUUUGGGAGCACCAACACCUACCAUGAGUUUCUGAACGGCAUAGAUGGAUUGGUGCCAUGUCUGGUGACCGGCCAGCCAGUCGUAGAUGUUCACUGGCUCAGAAACAGAGAAGAAAUCUCCUCUGAUGCAGGACGGCGUGUGCAUCGGCUGUCUGAUAACUCAGUCCUCAUUGAAAAUGUGAAGCGAGAGGAUGCUGGGACAUACGUGUGUGAGGCUCAGAUCAGAGGAAGGCCCAUCAAACGGCAACUCUCCGUCUCCGUUGUUGUCAAUGCUCCUCCUUCUGUGCAUCUGGGAGAAGUGAUGAAAACAGUGAUUGCCGGACCAGAAACCAACGUUUCCCUGGUGUGUUCGGUGGACGGCCAACCACAACCCAACAUCACCUGGAUCAUGCCGGCGACGUUUGACCCUUCACAUCAUCAGUUUAACUCAGACCGCAGCGAGUUGACUAUCAGGUCUGUUACCAGGGCCGACUACGGAGGGUACAUCUGCACCGCCACCAACAAGAUAGCUGAGAGCAGUGCCACCAUUAUGCUUCAUGUUUAUGAGGCCCCAGAGGUGUUUGUGUCAGCAGAGCAGCAGAGUGUAUCAGUGGGCGAGAGAGUCUCUGUGUCCUGUAACGUCUCUGGCCAUCCUCAGCCUGAGCUACACUGGCUCAACAAGCACAACGGACGCACACUGGACUCUACCUCUGGACUUGUCCGUGUUGUUGAUGGUGCAUUGGUGAUUAAUGAGGUAGUGCCCUCUGAUGGUGGAAUAUAUUCCUGCAUGGCUGUCAGCACCUCUAGAAACGCAUCGAGAGACGUUGCAAUACACACCCAGCCUGGUCCGCCUCACUACCUGUCAGUCUCACCUGGACUAACCUCAGUCCUCUUCUCCCUCAAAACUCCACCCAUCAGUGGAGGAACACCGAUCACAAGCUUCGUCCUGCAGUGGAGGCAAAGUGCAGCGGAGCAGUGGAAGGAGAUCACAGUCCCAGCUUCAGAUCCCCUAGCCAUCCCCUCCCUCACGCCGUACACGUUGUACACAGUGCGUUUGGCUGCCUUGAAUGCAGUGGGAGUGGGACAGUUCUCAGACAAAAACACCGUCCGCACCCAGGGAUUACGAGGUGAACCAGACAGCCCUGUUUUGUUGUCCAAUGAGAUGAAAGUAGAGGGCAACUCCUUCUCUGUCCCCCUUAAACAGACUGAUGAUGGUGGAACUCCUCUGCUGCACUUUGACGUACGAUACAGACAGGAUAAAGAGAGAAGUGAGUGGAAAGAGAUGCAGCUGCCGUCCAAUGCUGACUCUAUCUCCCUUCAAGAUCUGUCCUACAGCUCAGAAUAUCAACUGGAAGUUUUAUCCGUCAACCCUAAUGGUUCCUCUAUCCCUGCCAUGUUCAACUUCUCCAUUGCAAAUCAGCCUGUCAAAGUGAGCAGCAUGACCAAAGGCCAGGUGGUUAUCAUCGUGAUGGUGAUCUUCCUGGUGGUAUUCCUGGUGGUAGACGCCACCUGCUGCUACAGAAAUCGCUGCGGCCUGCUCAUGUCCAUCGCUGUGAAAGUCUUUGGACAGAAAGUCCCAGGCCACCAAAUGAUUGGAGAAGGAGAAGGAACCAACGGAGAAGUGAAGCUGAAGGGUAUAUCCACUCCGAGAGGCAGCGUGCAACAUUCGGAGGCGGGGGUGCAGACACUCACUAAGGACGGGGGGCCGCUCACAGAGAUCACCUGCGACAAAGCCCCGCUUACCAAACACGAGAAAAAGCAGGCGAGCAGAGACAUGCACACCGCCAACGCAUGAGGCCAGAAACCUGAGAAACAAGAAAGAAGGAGUGUGAGAAAACAAGGAUGAUGUACAGACAACAAGAGAAGAUAUCAAACAACCACUCAGUAUGAAUGACUGAGUCGAACCGUCGGCGAUCUCUACAUUCAAUACAACUGCUAUGGGAAAGGCGUCUGUGUUGUUGGAGUGAGAGGAUGGCAUGAAAUCUCACAGCUUCCAGUUCACAUGAAGAUUGACACAGGCUGCAGGCAGGGGGCGAUGUCAUUUUGUGUUUUUUGUGUUGUUCUGCGUGCUCUGAUUUAGAUUGGCUCAAAUGACAAAGUCUCAUUUUACAGGGUAAUCGUGUUGUCUGUGUUUUACAGGGUAAACUUGUUGGUGUUUUAAAUAAUUUUUUUGUUUGCUAUAUUUACUAAAAGUCACACAAAAAUGUUGACCUUCUGCAUUUUGAAUGUUGUACACAUACACAUGGUCGUGUUUUAUUGUUUUACUAUUUGUUAUUGUAUCAUGAUAUCCUGUGUAAUGCAUUGGAAAUAUUCCUCCGUUAAUGAUGUGUUUCAUAUAUAUCUUUUAAGUGUUUUUCACUUUUUAUCGACAUGCAUUGUAGCUGCUCUUCUGAUGAUUAUGUAAGUGUAAACAUAUUUUUAAAAAUCAAAUAACACUGUAGUUAACACUGUAUUCAGCAUUAACUUAACCUAUCUAACCUUUAUAUAAUUACCAUGCACUAAUAUGUAUUGUUUUCAAACCAUACAUGAGAGAUAUUUUUAUUGUUAUACAUCAUGAGAGGCUUUGAACUUGAAGCCAUAUUUGACUUUGUAACCAACUUAACUGUUGAGCACUUCUUUUUGGAUGAACUUUAUAUACGGUCGGCAAAUGACACUUGCCAUGUAGGGAACCUCUAAUUAAAAUCAGCUUUUAUUACGAGAACCUUCCUUAAAGUACCUGUAAUAAUAUGUGAUAUGUAAAACAUAUACAUAACAAAAUGUUUUAAUGCUGUAAGUUAUUUCAUUUUAAUAGUCACUAUAUUUCCAGUAAUCAAAUAUGUUCAAGUGAAAAUGUUUUAAGUCAAAUAUUUAACUUGCAGCUUUUUUGAUUUGAGAUACUUUGACAUAAUUAUGUCAUGUUUGCAAAUUGCCUGACCAUGUUAAUGAAGUGUUGAUGUAAUAUUGCAUUAAACACUGUACACUGUACCUACACAUGUCAUUACAUCUUUGUGUUUGAUAAAAACAUGGACUGUU